AUGAUGAUCGGUAAUACGAAAUACGACGCGGAGACCGAGAGAAAGAAGCGACGGCGGCGGCGAUGGGAGUACGGCAGUGUACGCCGUGAUGAAGAUCGACGGCUGCAGAGGGAAGGAAGAACGUGGUCGCCGCCGGCGAAAGACUUACCGGCGAUGGAAGCGGCGGCGGUUCUGGGUAUCACCUGCGGUGAGGGGACAGGGGAAAAGCGCACAGAGGAGAAAGUAAGGUCACUGCCGGCGAGCACUGGCGGCGUCGCCGGCGGCUGA